UGGCCCCCGGCGGAAGACAGUUUGUUUUGAAGCCGCGGAGCUGUGUCCAACGUGCGGCUACACUUCUCUCAUGUGCUCUGUAAAAGUCCCAGCAACAGACAUAAUGUCAACCAUGGACAGCCAGGUGGAAAACAGCGACAAAGAAGAAGAGCUGAAAGCGAGCAAAAGAAAGAUAUCUCUCUGCAAAUGUGGAGUGUGUGGAUCAGAGGAGGCGAAGUACAGAUGUCCUGCCUGCCUGGCCCACUCCUGCAGCUUGCUGUGUGUGAAGAAACAUAAGCAAGAUUCGGGAUGCAAUGGAAUUAGAAAUAAAUCUGCCUUUGUGACCCUCUCACAUUUUGAUGAAAUGACACUUCUAAAUGACUACAGACUCCUGGAGGACACAGGACGCUUUGCAGACGGUGCCACCAGAGACAAGCUCAUCCAGACUCCUCGCUCCACUUUAAAAGCAAAGAAGCUGGCAGCCCACGCCAGAAAGGUGAACAUCACACUGAGGUUCCUCCCCAUCACCUUCACUAAGAGCAAAGAAAACUCCACAGUCUUCAUCACAAAGUAGUCUUGCAUAACCACA